AUGUGUCGAUCUGGUGAGGCUAAUCUGGCUGGCCACUGGUAUCCCCUGGUUGGACGAUCGCGACAUUCCCAGGGUGGUGGGGACGCUGCUGGGUGUGGCGCUGCUGACCAAUCACAUGCUGACACCUCAGCCCCAACUGCCAGCUCAGACUGUGUCGGAGUGUGUGGGAGUGCUGCUGAUUCUCGUGUCACUGCUACUGCCUUUCAUAGAUCGGAAGCUGCAG